UCCGCCCUGAGCAAAAAGCCGUUGCCUUGGCUGCGAGCCGCGCUUUCCUCGCCCCGCCCACCGUCGCGGUUCUGAGGCGGCCGUUGGCGGCUCGCGCGGACGGCCUUCUCCCCCCACCACCACCCCCAGUUCUAGCCAAUGGGCCGUUGAAUGUCUGUCAGGGGCCGCUUUCGUUUCCCGGCGAGAGGGAGUCCAGUCGGCCGGCGGCUGCGCCCCCCGAGAGCCCCGCCGCCGCCGCCGCCGCCCCGCUUCCCUUCCCCCGGCCUCCGCCGACAGGGAUGAAGAGGCUGAAGGGGAUCUUGAAGCUCAAGAAGAGGCGGGCGGCGGAGCAGCAGCCGGCCUCGUCGGCGUCCAGCGAAGCGGGCGGCGAGGUUGUCGUGUCCGCCUGCGCCUCGUGCCUCGCCAGGGAUGGCGCCUACGUGGUGCGGAAGAAAGAGUUGGGCCAGCUGCACCGGGCAGCGGCCGAAGGGAGCCUGGGCGACGUGCAGCGGCUCGUGCAGAGGCACGACAUCAACGAGCCGGAUAAGGACUCCAGAACACCUUUGCAUCUGGCCUGUGCCGGUGGAUAUACAGAUAUUGUUGCUUUCUUGGUAGGCAACAAAUGCCAACUAAAUUUCCGUGAUAAUGAAGGGAAGACUCCAUUAAUGAAGGCUGUACAAUGCCAGCAGGAAUUUUGUGCAAUUUAUCUGCUUGAGAACGGAGCAGACCCUAAUAUUGUGGAUGCACACAGUAAUACUGCCCUCCACUUUGCUGCUGCUAAUUCUGGUAUAGCUAUUACAAAACAUCUCCUUAAAUAUAAUGCUGAUAUUGAAGCACAGAAUGAGGAUGGGAAUACUCCUCUAAUUGUUGCUGUCACAGAAAACAAUCGAGAAAUUGUAGAGUUUCUUUUGGAAGAAGGAGCUUCUGUAAAUGCCACAGAUAAUUCAGGAAGAACUGCACUGUUGACUGCUGCUUCUGAAAAAAACCGUGAUUUAACAAACAUUCUUCUUCGACAUGGCUCAGAUGUUUUUCAUAGAGAUGGAAGUGGAUGGUCAACAAAGGAUUAUGCUCUGAAUAGCGGAGAUUCCAUUCUUCUGCAAUAUGUAUCUGAAUUUUCUAACUACAAAAAUAAAGAACAGAGCUCUGGAGAUCAAAAAAUCUUAACUUUAUUGAGCAGCCCAGAAAAACCUGGCUAUUCUGGCAUGUUGGGCGCACCAGCUACAAACAAAGAAGAUAGACAAGUGCACCUGGCACUCAGUCAAACAGCAGGAGAUUCAGGGAAAGUUAUUGACGACCAUUCCUUUGGAGAUUCAUUCAGAGAUUCUGGAAAAGCAGAUAAUGACAGCUGGAUUUCUUCAGAAGAAGAAGAUUUCAGUCCUAAGAAACCAGAGAAACCAAGUUUGGCUCAGAUAAUUAAUCUUUCCCAGCAAAUCAAGAAAAAUGACAAUGAAAAUAAUCAAUCAUCAAAAGAAAAUAUACAAGCAGUAUCCGUUAAUUCCCCAAAGCAAGAAUUGAAUGAUCCAAAUGAUUCUUCAAUCAUUGAAGAGGAAGAAUGUGAGGAGGAGGAGGAGGAGGAGGAGGAAGAAGACGAGGAAGAGGAGGAGGAGGAGGAGGAAGAAGAAGAAGAAGAGGAGGAGGAGGAAGAGGAGGAAGAGGAAGAAGACGUGGAAGAGGAAGAAGAAGAGGAAGGAGAGGAGGAGGAAGAAGAGGGGAUAAAGGCAGAAAUGGAAGAUAACUUCAGUGAAGAAAAGGAGAAUAAUUUUAGUGAGGAAAACAUAGAAGAAAGUUUGGGCAAGAUAGAAAAUGUGAAAGGGGAAUAUUUUGAAAAACUAGAAGGAAGAAAAUCUAUUGCAUCCAGUGAGCUUAAGCAGGAGGGAAAUGCUUCUAAUAGUAAUAAUGAAAUAGAUUUACAAAACGAAGGACUGAAAGAAUCUGUUGGCGUCCCUGUGUCUUUUAUUGAUGGGCAAUAUGAGCGUUCAGAUGAAAAUAGAACCAUUAGCAGUGUAAAUAAUGAACUGUCCAAUUGUUCAUUUGAAAAAGAAAAAAGUUCUAAAUAUGAAGACCAAUUCCAAGAAAAUGAGAAAAACACCAAUAUUUCACAUGAGAGCCCCAAAAAAGUUUUUCCUUCAUCUGAGAUUUUUGAAGCAACCAAAGAUUGUACAAAAGAUGCAUUUUCAUCUCCCUCAAACAGUUGCCGUGAUAACGGGGUAGAUUCAAACAUGGGUGAUGACAUUCAAAACGUUGAUGAUCCUGGGUCUGAGACAGAACUUGAAAAACACAAAUCUAGAAAACAGAAUUCCAAGGAUGCUGAUCUUUUGGAUAAUCUUGGAGAAGAACAGUUCAGGGAUUCAGAAGAACUGGAAGAAGCAGUAUGUGAACCACUAGUUCAGAAAAGUGAGAAUAUUGAGGAAGAAAAUCUAAAAGCUUUUCAACCUAGUACCAAAGGAGAAUCUUCAGAGGAAGAUGCUGAGGAAGAAGAUGACGAAGAGAAAGAUGGGGGAAAAUCAGAUGUUGUCGAUAAAAAAAGGAUACAUAUCGGUAGCCCUCAGAAUCCCCUACAAGAUGGUGCUGUUAAAAAGGCUGCAUUGACAUUUGGAAUGUAUGAGGAAGAGGAAGAGGAAGAAUCUUCAUGGACUUCAAAGCCAAAGUCUGAUAAAGCUAACUUCAAACAUGAUGCUGAUCCUCAGAGGGCAGAAAGCAAAGAAAAGCAAAAAUCAGAUUUAAUGGAAGAACUUGGACUAGACGCUGCAGAUGAUCUUGAAGAUACAUCUGACUGGGAUUCUACCAGUAAUUCAUUGAGGACUGUUCCUUCUGCUAAACCGUUUAGCUCUCUGAUGCAAGAUGAUGCAUCUCCACUACAAUUAACUAAAAAUGAUUCUGCAAGCAAUACUGGUGUUGUUGGGAGAGCAGAAGAGUUAUCUGAUGUUCGAACAAGAAGUGCUUCAAAAGAUCAAUGUAAUGAACAAAAAGGCAUGAAAGAAUUAGAAAAAGAUGAGAACAAGGAUAUAAAUAUAAUAGGCACAUCCAACUCUAUAGAGAAACCACCACCUGAAAAUCAGACUGAGAAGGCAGAAAUUGCAUAUACUUGUGAUGAAAAGAAAACGGAAGCAGCUGUUUACAAUGCUGAAUCAAACAAUAAAUACAAUCAUUUGUAUUCAACACUCUGGGAAGAAAGAUAUGAAAAAAUGUGGGUUGCAAGUGAGAAAAGGGAAGUCAAAACACAUUUUAAGAGCAUUACAGCAGAACUAAAGCAGAUGUUCGGCGAAGUUAAUGGAAAUGAGAAAAUAUGCAGUACUACUGAGGAAGGAAUAUCGCAAGAUGGCUUCAGUGGUGUAUUAGAGGGUACGAAAGAAUCACCAUCACCUCAUCUGUCUAAAGGUACCAUUGGUAUACAUGGAAAGAGUGAUGGAGAGUCAAACUCUGUGAUCACAGAAAUGGAAUUCAAUACUGAAAACACAAUUUUAUAUCCCCAAAAUUCCAUUUCUCAGAAGCCUCUUUUUAAACUGUGUAAGAAUGAAAAUCAGAAUAUUGAGCAGCAUUGGAACUCACAUGAUGAGGCAUUGUCCAAUAAUACAGGAGGUACAAAAGUGAAUCUAGGUGAAGAAAGGAGUGACAAUACAGUUGAACACUUGGAAAGAAAUAAGAGUGGAAAGACUUCAGCUCCAAUAACAAGUCCCAGUUAUUCACCAUUGCAUACUUGUAAAGACAGUGUUUCAGAUGCAACUUUUAAGACUGCAGGUAUCAAACAACCGAUCAUGACGGACGAUUCAAACUUACAUUUUGAUGUAGCAAAUGAAACAAGUAGAAAAACUCUACAUAGUUUUAAGACUGUUGUAAGCAGUUGUAAAGAUACCGAGAUUGGAAAUAAAGUGAGAAACUCUGAACAAAGCAUCCAUCAAGCAUCAAAAAACGAACUGGAUAAAGAAUUGGAACGUGAUGUCGCAAGGUUUAAAAAUGAGGUAGGAAUGCUGCAGAUAGUGUUCCUGGCUUUGGAGAACGAAAAAGCCCAACUGCAAAAAGAGGUUGAAGAGGAAAAAAGAAAGCAGAAAUGGGAGGAAGUGGAGGUCGUUGGGAAAAAAGAAACUGCAAAUGUUGGGGGGAAACUGGCUGUGAAUAUUGAACAAAGGGAUCUAAAGCCCUCAGAAAAUGAAGGUGAAAUGAUGGAAGAAAGUCCAUUAAUGAGCAAAAUUUCCUCAGUAGAUAGAAAGGGAUUACUUACAGUAACUUUUAAGAAGGAAAAUCCUAUUGCCAAGGUGAAGGAUGUAGAAAAAACUGAAAAUAAAAAAUGGAUUUCAAAGCAGAAAACCAGUCAGGAGAUUAUUGAAAAUCUACAUGAACUUCAUGAUGACAGCAGUUUAAGUGAAGCAUCUUUGGAAGAAGAGAGACACCAAGCCCGAAAUGUGAAUGAAACAAAAAAGAUCUAUAGAGCAAUGGGAGUUGCCAAUGAUUUUGAUGACUUAACUCCGUCUUCAGAUACACCUACAGACGAUAUUGAGUUACCUACUUCAUUCUAUAGAGAAGCUAUGAUGUUGAUAGAAAAACUUAGUUUGGAUAGUAAAGCAGAUUCUGUGAGUCUCCUGAAAAUUCAAAAUAUAUGUCAUGAAUAUGAAAGUUUAAUUGAACGUGAAAGAGGAUGUUCUAUUCAUCUUCGAGGAAAAGUAAAAAAAAUUGAGAAUGAGAAAAAAGAGCAGCAGAGAAUACUGGAAGAAAUGACAGAAAUGAAAUCUACACUGGAUCAUAAAAAAGUUGAAUGGGAAAGUACUAUCAGCAGUCUCAAAUUUUCUUUGAAACAAGAAGAAGAAAAGAGGACAAGUGCUGAAAGGUUGUACGAGGAAAACCAAGAACAGUUAAGGAAGAAAGAGGAGCAGUACUAUAAACAAACAGAAGAAAAACAACAACUUGAGUUAAUGCUGAGAAGUCUGGAAAUGGAAUUUAGAACACUGAAAAACCACUUGAAACAGAUUGAAGAAGAACGCAAUGAAGCCCAGCAACAGCUGUCACAAGAAAAGUCUGCCAGAGCUCUGCAAGAGGGUAUUUUGAAUACUCACCUCUGGAGGCAGAAGGAAUUAGAGGAAGAGUUGAAAAAAACAGCAGCUAUACAGUCAGAGAUGACUGAUAAUCAUGCCCAAGAAAAGGAACUGUUAAAUAAAAAUCGAGUGCUCGAAGAUGAACUAACGGUGUUAAGAUUAGAGCUGGAACACAUAAGGGUCAAGCACCAGGAAGAGGAAACUAGAUAUUUGGAAGAAAAUGAAGCUUUGAAAGAAAAAAUAGAAGAACUUAAAAAGGAGCUGAAAGUAAAUGAAGAAACUUUGACUCAAACAAUUUUUCAGUACAAUGGACAAAUCAAUUUAUCAAAAACAGAAGUUGCAAUCCUAACAUCCAAAUUAGAGCAUUUUAAAGAAAAUAAAGAAAGAUUGGAGGGAGAACUUGACUCAGUUCGUUCCCGCUCGACUUCUGCUGCUCAGGAACUUGAACGAUGCCAGAUAAUGAAAAAUGAUCUUGAACGAACACUGCAACGAGAGUGCGAUGAAUGGCUUCGCUUGAAAGAGAAACUGAACCAUGAUCUGUGUCAUCUACGAGAAACAAACAAUGGCAUGUCUGAGCAAUUAAGAAAAGCUGAAAGUAAAGCUAAUAGUCUCGAACACGAACUUCAUCAGGUAACACAUAGUCUUAGAGAAAAAAGCAUGCAAUUAGAAAGCGUUCAAAGGGAUUUAAAUCAGGCACACUGUCUAGUGAAAGAACUCGAGAAUACGCGGCAAGUUGACAAGGAGCAAAUGAACAAAUAUGUGGUAAAACAGGAAUCUAUGCAGGAACGAUUAGCGCAGCUCCAGAGUGAAAAUCUUCUACUCCGGCAGCAAUUUGAAGAUUUUCAAAACAAGGGUAUUAUCAAAGAAAAAGUAGUGAGUGAUGUUCAAGAUCGAUUCAAUGAUAUUUUCAAUAAACUCAGAGCUGAUACUGAGAAACAAGUGCAGAUGAAGGAAGAGGUAAAUAAGGAAUUAAUUGCAAAAUGCAAUAAUUUGAAGGAGGAAGUCUUGAAAUAUGAAGCAGAGAAAGCAGAUAGAGAGGGUACAAUAAGGGAACUUAAACAAGAACUUGCAGAUUCUCUUAAAAAACAAUCCAUGUCAGAAGCUUCACUGGAAGUUUCUACACGUUAUCGUAUUGACCUAGAAGAAGAUAAGCAACAUCUUCAAAAGGAGAUAGACAGGAUGAAAUUCAAGUUGCAGGAGUCAGAAGAGCAACAUCUUCAGUCUGAAAGACACAUUCAUGAAUUUAAAAAUACUUUGAGUGACAAGGAACAAAAAUUACAAGAUCUGGUGGUAGAGUUAACAGGAACAAUUAAUUCUAAAAAACAAUUAGAAGACCAUAUACAGAGUCUUGAAAUAGAAAAUGCCAGACUGGAAGCAACAGCUGCUCAACAAGCUGGUCGAAUUGAGAUACUUCAAAAGGACCUGCAGAAUAGUGUCUCUAUUCACAGUCGUCUUGAGGAAUUGAUAAAUGGUUUACAAAGAGCAAAAGUCAAUUUAGAGGAACAACUAAAGCAACAGGUCCAGAAGCAAAGCAUAUUUUCAGCAACAGCGCAAGAUACUCAGAGUAUGUGGGAAGAAGAAGUAAAGUCAAAAUCAAAACUUGAAGCUCGCCUUUCUGAGCUUGAGAAGGAAAAGACAGAGCUAAUGGCUCAGUUGGAGCAUGAAAAGAAAAAAGUGAAGAAGUUAGUGGAGCUGAAGCGAUCGGUGGAAGCACGCCUAGAAGAAGAAAUGAAAAGAAACAUAGAACUACAAAAAGAAUGCAGCGGAGUUAAAAAGUUUCUAAAAACAGCUAAAAAGAAGAUAAAAGAAUAUGAGAGUCUAGAGAGUUCGUCUCUUACUACUAUACAUGGAGAAAUGAAGAACAGAUUCACUGAUGCUGAGAUGGAAGUUAGCAACCUAAGAACCAAGUUGGAGGUUGAGUCAGCGAGACGUGUUCAGGUGGAAUCUACAAAUUGUGAACUACGUGAUCAGUUGUCUUCCAUGAAAUUACUGGAGAGAAGCAAACAGCAGCUAGAAGAAGAAAUAACUAAUCUCAAACGCCAUAUACAGGACAAUAUGACGGACCUCAGUCAAAUUGAACAAUACAAGAGAGAGAUUGAAGAAAGAGCUAGGCAAGAUAUAAGUCAAAAACUGGAACAAGUCAAUUUGUUUUUGCAGACACAGGCUGCUUCACAAGAAACAAUGGAGCAGAUGAGAGCUACUAAUUAUGCUUCCUUGAGAAAUCAGCUGGAGAACAGAAUAAAAGAUCUAGAAUGUGAGCUGGCUAUACUGAGAAACAGACCGCAAGACAACAGCUUACAAAGAGAGUCCGUGCAUUCAGAAUUGGAAAGAUAUAAAGCACUGUACUCAGAAGAACGAAAAAUGAGAAAGUCUUUGGGAAGUAAAUUGGAUCGAGCUAAUGAGAAAUUAACAGAAGCCAGCACCAAACUCUUACAUGAGCGCCACAAAAGCAAGUCUUUACUUGCCAACAGUUUUAUGAGUGGCAGCUAUUCUUCAAGUCCUGUCUUGGAAACAGUUCAGGUGGGGAGUCUUGGCAGCAACUUAGCAUUAAGCAGAUCUCCUAGCUUUGGAGGUGCAUUCAUGAACCCAACGGGAAGUACAGCAUCUUCAAAAAUGAGAGUAGAAGCUUACCUAGCAAAGAUGCGGACAGAACUAGAAAAAACUAUCGCCAAGGAACUAGAACAAGCUACAGUUGAACUUGAUACCGGACCUGUUAGAGUCUCCCCUAUAGGAUCAAUUGAUGAAUCAUCAAAACAAGAUGAAGUGUCCAAGGCCAGAAAGGAGUAUCUCGAUGUUUUAAAGAAAAACUAUAUGAUUUGAGUAAAUUCUGAUGAGCUUGUAGAAUGAAGAUGCUUUAUAAUAUUAAAUAAACAAAAUGUAUUUUUUGUAGUUUGAAGUAUAUUAUAAAUUAUAAAUAUUUCAGGCAUUUUGCACUUGUCUGGAAAAAUGUAUAGCUGUAUAGCCAUAUGGUUCCUUUCAUUUGUUAUGAAAGCUGUAUUAUUAUUAUUAUUAUUAUUAUUAUUAUUAUUAUUAUUAGCAAAAACACACACUAGCCUAGAGAUGUUUUACAGAACUGUCCAUGUCCCCUUGUCCUGUAUAUUUAAAACCAAAGUAUUUCUUGACAUGUUUAGCAUAAUUUGCUACUUGAAAUGUUGUGCAGGAUUUGUCUGUCGUCGGGUAACAGUUAAAAUGCUGGUCUGAAACAUUUCUUGUGUACCUUUCCCUGCACUGUGUACAUUUACUACUUUUGUCACUAGUGAUUUUGCAUAGCUUAGGACUGCCAUAAGACAUUCAACAAUACAGUGGACGCUCGGGUUGCGAACGUGAUCCGUGCGGGAGGCACGUUCGCAACCCGCAGCAUUCACAACCCACAGCGCGUGUCUGCAGGCACAUCCAUGACCCAAAAAAACUCAACCUGAAGCAUCUGUAACCCAAGGUACCACUGUAGUGACUUUACUGCAGUAUUUAAAUGCUAUACUGACAGAAGUGCCAACAGACUUGUUAUUUGUAUUUUUAAAUGGUACAUAAAAUGCACUGAAGUUUUUAAUUGAAUAAAAACUGGUCUACACAGA